AUUCAGUUAACUUUAGAUUAUAUUGGUUGAAAUAAUACUUGAGAACCAGAACUAAAAAAUAUAAAUAUGGAAAAAAAGGACUCUAAUUUAACAUUCCACAGAGAAGUAAAAGGAGCAGUUAAGAAAUUUUGGGUGCAAAUUUUACCUGAAGAUCAAAAAAAGAAAGCCGUUGAAAUAUUCCGAAAAUAUUUCGUACGAGAUGAACCAAUGUGUAAAUCCAUAAAUCUUAUUGAUGAUAAGGAGUCCUUGGAUUAUUAUAUGAAGUUUUUGUGGUGCGCAAUCAAUCAGAAUUCCUCUUUGGCUUGCUUUAUCGAACUGGAUGAUGGACAAGAAGAAAUGGUAGCAGUUAAUGUUUGUUACCGAAAUACCGCCUAUAAAGAAAUCAUGGAAAUGCCUGGGUUUAGGGAUAUUCCUGAAGGAAUGAAUAAUAUUUUCGAAAUCCUGAAGUACAUCAUCACGCAGAAAGAGAUUCCAAAGGAACUGGAGGUGGCAGAGUAUUUGACAUCUAUAGGUUUGAUUGUUAUUCCAGAAUACAGAGGGUUGAAUAUAGGACUUCAGGUUCUGUCUGCAAGGAAAAUGCUUUGUGAGAAAAUGGGACUGAAGGUUUCUGUGACAACUUUUACGGCGCCAGAGUCUCAACGUUUGGCUGAAAAGGCAGGUUACAAGGAUCUUGUUUCUUUAACUUACGACGAUUUGCAGAAGAUGAAGCCGUCUUCCAUAUUUCCGGACAUCAAUAAAUACGCGAAACGUGUCAGACAUAUGUAUAUUUUAUACGAAUAAUUUUUCUCCAUUUUGAGGACCUAAAAAUAAUCUUGUGUUAGAGAAAUGGAUUUGAUUAUUGUCUUUAAACCUACCCGACAAAAUUU